AUGUUCCGAAACUCAUACGAUUCAGAUAACACAACCUUCUCCCCGCAAGGAAAGCUAUUCCAAGUUGAGUAUGCGCUUGAAGCAGUCAAACAAGGUUCAGCAGCUAUUGGAUUAAGGUCAAAAACCCAUGCUGUCUUGCUCACUCUAAAAAGAUCAACAGGUGAAUUAGCUACCUAUCAAAAGAAGUUAAUCAGAAUCGAUGAUCAUGUCGGUGUCGCUAUCGCCGGAUUGACAAGUGACGCCAGAGUAUUAAGCAACUUCAUGCGUCAACAGGCUAUGAGAUCAAGAAUGACUUAUGGUAGAGCUAUCCCUGUUGGAAGAAUCGUACAGAGUAUCGCGGAUAGAGCCCAAACGAACACCCAAGAGUACGGUAAAAGACCUUACGGAGUAGGCUUCUUAGUGAUUGGUCAAGAUGAAACUGGACCUCAUCUUUACGAGUUCUCACCUUCAGGUACUGCUUUUGAAUAUUACGCUCAUUCCAUCGGAGCAAGAAGUCAAAGUGCAAAGACAUAUCUGGAAACCAAUUUUGCGAGUUUCGAGAACGCUACAUUGGCGGAAUUGAUCAAUCAUGGAUUAUCUGCUUUACAUGAUACUUUACAACAAGAUAAACAUCUUUCAUUGGCAAAUACUUCAAUCGCAAUCAUCGGUCCAUCAGAUGGUGAAAUAGAAGAUUUAAAUCAUUCAUCAGCUGCUAAAAGAGGUAAUUUCAGAGUAUGGGAAAAUGAUGGUGUAAAUAAUUUACUUCGAGCUUGGAGAAGAAGUAGAGGUGAAAAUGAAGAUGGACCUCAAGAAGAAGAAGAUAAACCUAAACCUGAAGCUGAAGCGGAAACUGCUCAAUCGGCAGAAGGAAGUGAACAAGCUCCUCCAGGCGCCCCGGCAGCAGGAGAAGAUGUCACAAUGGAGGAAUAA